CCUUCGCUUCCUGCCGAGACGCACCUCGAUCAGAAACGUAUAGACAUCCACAGCGCUUGGUUCCGCUGUGGAAAUGGCCUCUGCUGCUCGUCUACCUAGAUAUACCAGAUGAGCUGUUGCUGUCUCCUGGAGUCGGCCAACCCUGUCUGAAACACCACCCGGGAAUAUCGGGGAGUUUUUGCGGUACUCAGAGGAGUGACGAGGCAGAAAAAUAAUGCCACAUUUCCUGUGGCCAGAGCCGUUGUCACCCGCUCAACUGAAGCGGCUGGAGGAGCAUAAAUACAGCGCCUCCGGUAGAUCCCUAUUUGAGCCGCCGUGUCAGAUCUACUGGAACUGGCUCGUCCAGCAGAUACCGACAUGGAUCGCACCAAACACACUGACUAUUGUUGGACUGCUGGUUAAUGUCCUCUCCACGUUGGUGCUUGUGUAUUAUUGUCCCACGGCAACAGAAGAGGCUCCAUCAUGGGCUUUCAUCCUGUCUGCUCUGGGGCUCUUCAUCUACCAGUCUCUGGAUGCUAUUGAUGGGAAACAGGCCAGGAGGACAAACAGCAGCUCAGCCCUUGGUGAGCUCUUCGACCAUGGCUGUGAUGCAGUCUCUACAGUCUUUGUUGCUGUGGGAACGUGCAUUUCAUGUGGAAUAGGACAAUAUCCAAACUGGAUUUUCUUCUGUGGUUUUAUUGGGAUGUUUAUGUUUUUCUGCGCCCACUGGCAGACCUAUGUGUCCGGGACGCUCCGCUUUGGCCUGGUUGAUGUCACAGAGGUGCAAGUCGCCAUCGUAAUCAUGUAUGUGAUGUCAGCUUUCGGAGGCGUGAGCCUUUGGCAGUACACGUUGCCCAUCAUCGGACUGAAGCUGUAUGCCUUCCCCGUCAUGGGCAUCAUCGGGGGAGCCCUGUACUCCUGUUACAACUAUUUCUAUGUCAUUUUGAAUGGAGGGGUUGGCAAAAAUGGCUCCACUGUGGCUGACACCAGCGUGCUGAGUCCCGGUUUGCACAUCGGCCUCAUCCUUACACUGGCCUUCAUCAUUUUCAAGAAGUCAUCCAGCCACCUGUUUGAGCACCACCCCUGUUUGUACCUGCUCACCUUUGGCAUGGUUAUCGCCAAGAUUUCCAACAAGCUGGUGAUGGCACACAUGACCAAGAGUGAGUUAUACCUCCCAGACCCAGCCUUUAUUGGGCCUGGCCUCCUUUUCCUCAACCAGUACUUUAACAGCUUCAUUGACGAACACAUAGUCCUCUGGAUCGCCAUGGUCCUAUCCACUGUGGAUUUGAUACGCUACUGCACGGGCGUGUGCAUCCAGAUCGCCUCACACCUGCGCAUCCACGUCUUUAGCAUCACAACGCCGAGCCAGUCGCACCGCGACUGACGGUUUGCCCGGCGGGAGGAGGCGGGAGGAGACGCAGAUCUCUUCCCGCUCCUGAAAGCAGACAGCGACCGCGAUGACGAGGAGAAACCCUCGACCUCGAGCCACUGCAGCCUCGACAAAGUAACCACUUCAGAUUAAAACUCACACCUACUAAAAGGAAAGAUAAAACCACCUUGAUACAAAAAAAGAAAAAAAAAACAACCAAGCAUGGAUCUGUUGAAUGAAAAAUUAACCCAAGUUUCCCUUGAAAACCCAGUUGCCUGAUGAAGUCUUUCAGAUUUUAAUUUCAAGGUAAAUGCAUGUUGUUAGAUUUAAUUUUUUGAACAUCAUUUGGCACUUCCAGCUUAUUCAACACAAAAUACCAAAAAAAAUUCUUUUAAUAGGUAUUUUUUAGUUUGGGCAAAUAUCAAAGCAUUUAAGUGAGCUUUAAAUAUGGAUAAAUGUUCCUCAUGGAUUGUUGUACAAUUGACUAAACACAUAAAUAUGACAAUCACGAGUGACAAUUUAAGUUAAAUUUCUUUGAUAUCUGCUGAAUCUGAAUCAAAUACCUGUUAAGAGUUUUCUUAAUGACUUGUUUUAAUUUGUUAAAUGAAAUAAGACUGAAUCUGAUACAAAUUAGGGCUUUAAAAAACUUUUUUUUUAAAUAAACUUUUAGACCUUAAAAUAAUUUCCAAUGAGGUUUCCAAUUUGGACCGGCAGGUUGUCAGCGAGCUGCAUCGAAGGGUAACGAUCGUGUGUUAAUGCUGAAAAUGAUGACGUGUCUAAAGUUAGGCCGAUCUCACAAACCCCACUGCAGUUUUUUUUGUUUUGUUUUGACUCAUCUCAUCCUGCAGUCGUGGAAAACAAUCCUUAAAAACAUCUUUUCCGGCCUCUGGAGCACCGUCGACUGAUGAAGCGUCAACACUCGGCUUGUUCUGCUUUCUCUGUUCUUCUCCCUGAAGGGCUAAUGAUUUUGUGUGAUUGUACAGAAUUGAACUGAAGAUGCCUUAAAUAUUUUUGUUGUAAUUACUGUUUAACUUGUGAAUAUUUAAAGCAGCUUUGUACAUUUUUUUUAUUUUAUUUUCACUCAGUAUCACACCAGAUACAAUAAUAAUAGAACGCUAUACUGGAAGUUUUUCGUUUGGUUUUUUUUAACUGUUCACUCAUGUUCAUUUAUGCAUAAUUGUUAUGUAUAUGUGACCGGUUUCUUUUGUUAAUGAAGUUUUGUUGGAUUAUUAGUAAUUGUGUAAUGAAUCUCAAUGAAGGGUUGUAAUCAGAAUGAAACAUCAUUCAGGAGCAUUUGGGUAAAAAGGGACAUUUCUGUAGCGCCGGUAAAAGAUUUGAGGGCGGGUAUUUUUUAUUUUAUUUUGAAAAUUGUCAUCGUCGUCCCCUUAGAUUCUGACACUAUACUCCUGUAUCGAGAAGCUUAUUUAUGGAUGGACUUUGGAGCUAUGCAUUUCAAAGGUACAACCAUGGUUCAAAAUCACUUUGUUGCACUGUUCAGUAAUGCAGUGAAACUCCUUUCUACUAACAGACAUGAGUGGAAAAGAUUGUAAUAAAGAAAAUAUUUUUCAUCCA